GUAAGUGUAACCAUAAGUUGCAUCAUUUUGACUCUGCAUGUUUCUUUGUCUUUCUUCUACUUCUUGUUCAUUUUUGUCAUUUACUUAAUUAAUCCUGAACUCUUUGCAAUGCUAGAGGUGUUAAGCAACGUAUUUGGCCGAAAGAAGCCUCAACAAUCCGAACCCUUACCAUUAACCAUCAUUGAAGACAAACCAGAGACAGUUGAUGGGUUUGUUAUUUUGGGACGCACAUCAGUAGAUGAAAGAGCAGUUACAGAAAACAAGUGCAGCUCUGUAGAUCAGUCUCUUCCUGUACAGCCAUCUACUUCAAGAUGUGAAACUCAUCUGUCAAAAGGUGUUUGUGGAGUAGACGGGGUUCCCUUCACCGUACAUGCAUCGUUAAAUAGUCAAGAUCAAAUUACUGAUGUUUUAAGCGAUGUAUUUCAGUGUACUGAAAAUCUGGAGAAGUAUGACAGCACCAAACAGUUGACAGAUAAGCGUUACAGUUUCAGUAUGGAACGAUCUGUUUUGAACGAGACAACUACUGAGAAGUAGUAUGUUUUUAAGGUCUUACUGUAGGUGAUACGUCUGUAGUUUUUUUUAAAGUCUGCAGGUAACAUCACCAUAAAGAAUAUAUAUUUUACUUGAAAUGUAUUCGUCUCUUAUGUAUAGUGAUCAACAAGAAUUGGGCAUCUUAGGUCAAAUUUACUUUUGGUUACAAACAUGAAAGAGAUGAAAAAUAAUUAAUACUCAGGUGCUUUGAAAAGGACUAAAUAGAGAACAAAAUUUAAAUUUAUUGUAUGAACAAAUUUAACUGGUACUUGGCAGAUUAAAAAAAUUUGCAUGUUACUGAUUACAUUAAUAAGAUUCAUACAUCUUCUCAAAAGGAAAACAAAUGUAUACCUUGUGUAAAUGUUGAGUAGUGAAAUAAUUGAGUGAAAAUAAAGCCAACAUUAUAUCAGAUA